UACUUACCACCUCGACGACUAACGACAACAGGGUCAAGAUGAGUCACCGGAAGUACGAAGCGCCUCGGCACGGCUCCCUUGCGUUCUUGCCGCGCAAGCGCGCCACCCGUCACCGCGGAAAGGUCAAGAGCUUCCCCAAGGAUGACGCCAAGAAGCCCGUCCACCUGACGGCCUCCAUGGGCUACAAGGCUGGUAUGACCACCAUCGUCCGUGACCUUGACCGACCCGGUGCCAAGAUGCACAAGAAGGAGAUCGUUGAGGCUGUCACCGUUGUCGAGACUCCUCCCCUUGUUGCCGUCGGUGUUGUCGGUUACAUCGAGACUCCCCGUGGUCUCCGCUCUCUCACCACCGUCUGGGCUGAGCACUUGAGCGACGAGGUCAAGCGUCGCUUCUACAAGAACUGGUACAAGUCCAAGAAGAAGGCCUUCACCAAGUACGCCAAGAAGCACGCCGAUGAGUCCGGCUCUGCCAUCACCCGCGAGCUGGAGCGCAUGAAGAAGUACUGCACGGUCGUCCGUGUCCUCGCCCACACCCAGAUCCGCCAGACUCCCAUCAAGCAGAAGAAGGCCCACCUCAUGGAGAUCCAGGUCAACGGUGGCAACGUCGCCGACAAGGUUGACUUUGCCCGCAACCUGUUCGAGAAGCCCAUUGAGAUCGACAGCAUCUUCGAGAAGGACGAAAUGAUCGAUGUCAUUGCCGUCACCAAGGGUCACGGUUACCAGGGUGUCACCAGCCGUUGGGGUACCACCAAGCUGCCCCGUAAGACCCACAAGGGUCUGCGUAAGGUCGCCUGUAUUGGUGCCUGGCAUCCUAACCACGUCCAGUGGACUGUUGCCCGUGCCGGUCAGAUGGGUUACCACCACCGUACCUCUUGCAACCACAAGGUCUUCCGUGUGGGCAAGGGCACCGAUGAGGGUAACGCCUCGACCGAGUUCGAUAUCUCCAAGAAGCAGAUCACUCCCAUGGGUGGUUUCGUCCACUACGGUGAGGUCAAGAACGACUUCGUCAUGCUCAAGGGCUCCAUCCCCGGUGUGAAGAAGCGUGUCAUGACUCUCCGCAAGACCCUGUACCCCCAGACCAACCGCCGUGCCACCGAGAAGGUCGAUCUCAAGUGGAUCGACACCUCGUCCAAGUUCGGACACGGUGCUUUCCAGACUGCCGAGGAGAAGCGGGCCUUCAUGGGUACGCUCAAGAAGGACCUCGUCACUUCGGCUUAGGGUGUUAUGGUGGUGUAGUGCAACGUAUCUUAUUUAUUUUCAAUGAAAAAAGCGGACAAUAUUUUUCAA